AUGAAGUCUAAGACAAGUAUACGUAAGGCUAGUCAUGCCGGUACAUGGUAUUUACAAAAUUCUACACAGUUACAAACGCAGUUACAAUCAAAUUUGAAUGCUACAAAAUUGGUUCAACCCAUUAAGGGUUCCAGAAUAAUAAUAUCGCCACAUGCUGGUUACAGAUAUUGUGGUAACGUAAUGGCAUAUUCAUAUGCAUCCAUGGAUUUGACUAAAUUCAAAAAUGCUAGUGAUGAUAAGAUUAGGGUAUUUAUAUUGGGACCAUCCCAUCAUAUCUACUUCCGGGAUAAAAUCUUGGUUUCAUCAUUUGAAGAGGUGGAAACACCAUUAGGGAACUUGACAGUGGAUCGAGAAGUUGUAGAUGAAUUGAUAAAGAAAAAUCAUAAUGAUAAGAAAGUUUUUGAAUUAUUGGAUAAGGAUGUAGAUUUGGAUGAACAUUCAUUGGAAAUGCAAUUCUCCAUGUUGGCUCAGACAUUGCAUUGGAGAUCUGUCGAUUUGAGUAAAGUUAAAGUUAUUCCGAUGUUAGUGUCGCAUAAUAGUGAAACUGUCGAUUCAAAAGUUGCAGGAUUUCUAAAGCCAUAUUUAAAUGAUGGAAAAUCAUUUUUCAUUAUUAGUAGUGAUUUCUGUCACUGGGGGAGAAGAUUCGAAUACACGGGAUACGUGGGGAAUGAAGAUGAUUUGAAUGAGGCAAUGAAUGAAGAAACGGAAAUUGAGAUGUUAACUUCUAGAAGUAAACUUUCACAUCAUCAAAUAUCAAUUUGGAAAUCGAUUGAAUUGCUGGACAAGUAUGCGAUGAAAGUAUUGAGUGGUGAAGAAAUUAAGAAAGAGACGGAUAGUAAUGAACCAAAUGAAGAUUUGACAUUGUAUGAAAAAUGGAAAGAAUAUUUGGACAUUACUGGGAAUACCAUUUGUGGUCAAAACCCAAUCAAAUUAAUUUUGAAGUUAUUGGAAGAGUUAAAUGAAGAUGAAAAAUUCGAAUUUGAAUGGUUAAAUUAUUCACAAAGUUCUAAAGUUAGUAGUAUCGAAGAAAGCAGUGUUAGUUACGCCUCUGGAUGUGUAAGAAUUAAGUAG